GAAGUUCCCGUUUCCAGUAGUUAGUCUUGUGCGCCGCCACCGGAACGCCGCGCCGCCACCAAGAGCCGAUUUUAAAAGCACGUACUCGUAGCACGCGUUUGUGUGAUGUUGUGUCGUGAAUUCUGAAUUGAAUUAUGAAGACACUGGAUUUCGGAAUUGGAUUUUUUCUUGCGGCUUUGUUGACAGGCACGCGAGGACUUCGAGAUGUCCGUAUCAACGUUCCCUCGGCGGUAGUUCGAGGAGAUGACGCCACUCUGCAGUGUUACUACGACCUGGAGGGCGAGCAGCUUUAUGCGGUCAAAUGGUAUUUGGGCACAACGGAAUUUUACCGGUAUACUCCCAAAGAGAUCCCUCCAAUUAAGCAGUUUCCCUCGCAGAGCGGCCUCACCGUACGUGAGCCCGACUCCAACGCCACUUCGGUGCUCCUCGAGCAUGUUCCUAGGAGUAUUAGUGGACGCUACAGUUGCGAAGUUUCAGCAGACGCGCCUAGUUUCUACACAGCUAUUCAGUCGGCCUAUCUGCAGGUGGUGGAUUUGCCGCCAAAAGAUCCUUACAUAAGUAUCAACAAAACACGCUAUCAUCACGGAGAAAUGCUCAGAGCUACGUGCACUUCAGAACAUUCAAAUCCUGCAGUUAAUCUCACUUGGUAUGUUAAUGGAUUGCCUGCGGAAUCUAAGUAUGUGCAUAAUAGCAGAGAGAAAUCAGCUGAUGGACAAUAUCACACGUCCCAUUCAGUGCUGAAGAUGAAGAUUACCAAGCAGUCGUUUGUAAAGCACCGCUUGAAAAUACGUUGCGUGGCUAGAAUGUACGAUAUUUAUUACAAGAGCCACGAGAAAAGUGUCGAGUCGGAAAGAAAAAGGCACCAUCAUUAUUUUGUUACGACUACGGAGCCGCCGGUGCAGUGGGAGCUGGUGGAGACGCUUGGAGCGAAUCCAGAAGUUAGAUUUGUGUUUAAUUCUUCAGUUGGUAUCUGCUUCAGUUCGAUAGUUUAUAUUGUUAUGGUUUUAGCCCUGUUUAGAUGAUUCCUACAAAAUAUAGAAUUACAUAAUGUACCGAAAUAACUUCCACGAAUUUUAUGUGAUACAAUAAUUAUUAUAAUAAAUGUGGUUUGUAAAUAAAUGCUAUUGUAUAAAUGUUGAUGUUUUUUGGACAAAGCUAUUAACGCGCGAGGUUGUCUUUUAUUGUAAAAGUUUCGCUAAAUCGGCGUUUAAUCUGCAUUAUUUGACGCUCAAACAAUUUUUUUGGGUAAUUAUUUCAGCCUCAUUUUGUUGAUAGCGAUUGUCUAUGUGUAUAUAAUGUAUCUAUGUACAGUACAGUAGGACUUCGAUUAUUACAAACGAUAAGCGGAUAAUUUCAAAAACUAUUUCAAUUUUGUUGAAGAUGUGGAAAGUAGAGAAGAAAUCUGGGCGCGUUGGUUUGACGAAGACUGAAUUUUUCAAAAUAUCGGUUUGUAAAUAUUUUAUACAGGUGCGAAUCUGUGAUGAAAAGGCAAAACCCUUUAUGUCCAAAAUUUAUAUUUCCUUCUUAAUUCCAAUCAAUAUAGAAAACAUAUCGGGUUCUUGGCAUCACAGAUUUUUUUGAAAAAUUUUACUUGUUAAAUAGUAGGCGUUUUUUACCUGGUUUCUAAAUUUAUCGAGUUUACGACUAAAAAUCGUUUACUGUGAUGUAACAGAUAAAUUUUAGAGACUAGUAUAAAGCCAAAAAUAUCCACUAUUAAUCCAAAAUAUAUUUUCGAAAAUAACGACCUAAAACCGUGACCACGAAAAAGUACUUAUUUUAUAUUUAACAUAUUGAUUUUUUUCCUUUUUUUCUGCGUUUUAAUUACCUAAAUACCAGGAGGCGACACGAGGUAUAUAUACAAUAAAAAUGUAAGGAAGAAAGUUGUAGAGAAUUAAAUUGUCUUCAAAAACAAACUAAGAUUUAAGCUGAUUUAAAGGUUCCUCAGGCAAUCAACGGUAAAAAUGUAACGCAAUGUACUAAAUUACCAGAAUCAUUAAAAUGGGAAUCUUAUUAAAACAUUAGGAUGAAAUUUCAAAAUAUUAAUGAAAAAAAUUGUUAGAACGUUAGAUCUAGAGUUAUUUUUAAAAUUGCAAAAUCUUGAAAUUUGGAAUUUCAAAAAUUUUGAAUUUUAGUUUUAGAAUUCAAUUAUACUUUUAAAUCUUAAAAACCUUUGAUCUUAAAGUUUUCUUAACUUUGUCUUUAAUCUAAGUUGUUUAGAUUUCCUUAACUUUUCACAUUUUUCGAAUUUUCGAAUUUUAGAUUUCAUUAGAACUUCCUUUCGGAGCGCUAAUUUUAAUUUUUUUUUCAUUUUCUGCUAUUUGUCCUAAAAAUUUAAGCCAUCAUGAGUCUUUCUCAAUAUACAGGUGUUCCGUUUUUAUUGUUACAAAUUUAAACAGGUGAUAGAACAUUCACUUUGAAGACAAAAGUUUCCAAUGAACAUGUAUCGAAAAAUACUUUGUAAGUAUUUUAUGGAAUUUACUAUUUUGUUGCUAAAAGUGUCAAAAAACUAAAGUCAAAGAUGUUAGGGUAUUUUUUACACUACCCCCCCCCUUUAGUUUGGGACGCCCCUGCUCAAAAAUUUCUACAUUUGAUCCUCGAAUUCGAUUAGGCAUAUGAAGGUUAUCGACUGUACCAAAUUUUGUAAUUUUAUCUGUAAUUGUUUCUGAAAUAUUGAGGAAAACUCACUAAAAGAAACACCCCCUUCAAGGGGUGUAGCUCCCUUACGAAGUAUUUGUAGGUACAUGUUUACAGAAAACUUUGGUCUUAAAAUUGAAUGUUCUAUCACCUGUUUAAAUUUGUAACAAUAAAAACGGAACAUCUUGUAUAUUAAGAAUUUGAUGCUUAACAUUGCUGCCUUUUUUCCAAGCAAUUAAUGAACUAGCUAAAUUUAUAUUAAUUUAAAUUUUUGGCUAUCUACUGAAAUUAGAGUUGUAUCUCCUAUCGCCUCCUAAUAAUUUGUUCUCUGCACAUGAACCACAUAAAAAAAUAAACCAAUUGUUUUUCUUCUAGACGACAACUAAACUUUUAAUGGCCCCAAUCGUAUAAUAGUGAUUUAUUUUCAGUUUACUCCUGUACCUGUCAGAAAUAGUCGAUAUCCUUCUGUAUUUAUAAUUUCACAUUAUGCAGAGAAAUAAUAAAACAUUUAUGUUAAUAAAUAAAAUUUGUUGGCUUGUAGGAUAUUAAAUAAUAAUCCGUCCGUGUCAUCGAAUUUCCAAUCUCUAUAAGUAUAAGCAAAUGUUUAAUAUGUCAUGAGUUCAUGUCUGAAAAGAAAAAAUGGGUCACUUAAGCUGCAUUAAUUACUAAAAAAUUUCUGCUACAAAUGUUUAUUAUUUAUGAUAUGAAAGAAUCAAGAUAUAAUUUCUUAUUUUUGCGUAUGUUGAGCAAAUUUUAUUAGUUAUUACCGGCAGCUGGUCUUGUUAAAAAAUAAGGUAAAUCGAAAAAACUAUAUCGGGUGAUUCAAAAAUAUGUGGCAUAAUUUAACCACGAAUACUCCUCUACAAAUGAAAAUAGAUAGGAUAGUAUUUACUGACCCACCUCAAAAAAUUGAAAAAUUACAAUUUUUCACAUUAGUAUAGAAAAACGGUUUUUUGAAAAUAUUUUUGUUAUCGUUUAUGCGAUUAUAAUGAAAUUUUGCAGAAACAAAGACGCUCUUUGAUAUGGUGUAAAUGGAAAUCUUGUCAACGCUGUACAUUUUCGGUGAUAAGGGGCCCCUCUAGUUUUUGAGUCAUAACUCAAUUUUUCGGCCUAUUAACAGGUAUUUUUGAUACCAAAAAUCAAAAGCGCAAUUAUUUUUUAAUCAAAAAGGUACUCUUGCUUCAUAUCGCCACAAUGUACCGUUCUCGAGUUAUUUGGGAUUAAAUUAAACUUUAAACCGCACUGCAGAAUAAAAAAAUAUAAAUUUUGAGCGUACCGUUACCUUGGAAACAGUCCACUACGAAUGACACAAUGCUGUCAAUGCUGUCACAUUUGAUGUCAUUUUUAUUUAAUCCAAAGUAAAAUUUAAUUAUUUCUUGAUGAUAAUAAUAAAAGACACGAUUAUGUGUUAAACUAGAGAUAACUAUCCCGUUAUUUCAUUUUCAUGUUAUUUGCUUGGACCAAGCCAACAAAUUUUAUUUCGUUGUUUUGAUUUUAUCCGUCAUUUUCCAAUAUACGAUAAUUUGUAAUAUAUGUAUAUUUUUGUACAGCAAAUUCUCAAUGCGUAGAAUUAAUUUAACUGUAAAACAGUGAUGAAAUUACAUGGUGUCAAUUAUAAACAAUGAAAUGGCUGCAGCAAAUAGAUACUCGAAACUAAAUGCGAUGGCCGGCUUACGACAAAUUAAACAAUUUAACCCAAUUUCAUAUAACUCCAGUUCAAACGGCAAAAUGAUGCAUUAAUUUGACGCACAAGGGAAUAAACACAAUAUUGACACCUCGUAACUUCAUUUUCUUAUUAUGAGCGAAUGCUAAAGGCCAGAGGGAAUACUUAUUCGAGUCUAAUAACCCCAAUUUUUUUAGAAAAGAGAAGAAAGCUGUUCUUUAAAGAUUUCAGGCUGCAAUUGUUUACUAAUAAAUGUAAUUACUUAUAAAGAAAAAAAUAAAUUGUAUUUUGUA